AUGGAUGCAGAGAUGGAUGUGAGUGAGAAUAACAUUUGUGACACAGGGGGGAAGAAUUCAAUUUAUCCCAGAAAGGCCACAAAGCAGGUGGGCCACAGCUGCAGGCCACAGAAGGAGGUGGACAUGAAUUACUCCUGCAGUCCUCCUGGAAACUCUGCUGGAGCUGCGGGAAAGCAGGAGUUUCCUGCAGACCUGCGGUGUGGAGGCAAAGAAACCUGUGACACCUACUGCCAGAAACAAGGUGAGAGCCCAGCUGGGGAGUUUCCCCCCUCCAGCACCAGCUUCCACCUGCAGAGGGAAGAUGAGGAUUUAGAUCACUGUUCCUCUGAGCACCCCAGGAAACCACGGACGAUAACGAAACUCCGUGAGGACAACGGAAGCGCCGCUCUCGGAGAUGCGCUUGGUGAGGAGCUGGAGCGCGUCCCCGAGGAAGCUGUGCCCUAUCGAUGCAAGAAGUGUGGCUCCUCCUUCCACGGCAUGAGCGAGCUGCAGGAGCACAGGCGAGCUCACCUGCUGGAGAACUCCUACCGCUGUCCCAUCUGCUCCAAAGGCUUCUCCCGCGCCGCCAACCUGCGCAUGCACAAGCUCAUCCAUUCCAGCGAGAGGCCGCACAAGUGCCCGGAGUGUGACAAGGGCUUCAUCCGCACGGCCGACGUCUGGAGGCACCUGCGCAACGUGCACAAGAUCGAGCGCUCCAUGGUGAUCCUGGCCAGCGGCAUGGCCAGGAACCCCUGGUCCGUGGUACACCACGGCCAGCAGCACAAUGUUGAGUGCCCGGAUCGGGCUUGCCCUGCAAACCCAAAGCCUCAGGAGGAUGACUUCAAACCUUACGCCUGCCCGACGUGUGGUAAAAGCUUCGAUAAGCCCAACCUGCUGUCCAAGCACAAGGUGAUCCACCGGGAGGACAAGCCCUACAAGUGUCAGGAGUGUGGCAUGGCGUUUGUGCAGCUGCUCAGGCUCAAGAGACACCAGCAGACUCACUCCGGGGCACGGCCCUUCUACUGUGAGGAAUGUGGAGGGACCUUCACCCGGCUGGCAUCGCUGCAGCGCCAUCACCGCAUCCACACCGGAGAGAAGCCCUACUCCUGUAAUUUCUGUGGCCAUUCCUUCACCGAGUCAGGAACCCUGCGGAGGCACGAGCGCACACACAAGUUGGACAAACCUUAA